CACACACACACACACACACACACACACACACACACACACACACACACACACACACACACACACACACACACAGCCAUAUCAUCUGUUCCGUGCCAAGACAGCCUGGCUCCAUCGCGUGAAGACAUUUUUCUCGCAGCAUUGCGAAUCAAAACAUCUUAUCAUCGUAGCGGACAUAUGUGCGGUCUUAUAGAUCGGGUUAGUUCUCUCAGGAUGAGCAGUGGUCGAUGCGGAACCCUGGUUCCGUCAUCCACUGUCUGGUACGGAGAGAGUCGCUCCCACACCACGGCUCUGGCCGCCGGGCGUUAAGACCCGAACAGCUCCUAUAGAUCCUCAUCUCCUCACCAGUGAAGCCUGGCUUCAAAAGCGCAUGGACUGAAACAUGAAGGGUGGGACUGCCACAUUGACAGAGUAGGAGAGCCCUUCUCUGAGGGCAGGGUGUCCCGGGUUGGAGCCUCUGGGUGUCCCGGUUGGAGCCUCUGGGUGUCCCGGUUGGAGCCGACGGGGGCUGAGGGAGUGAGCUGGGGCAGGGCCAGGGACCAUGCCUCCCAGGCCGUCCUCUGGGGAGCUCUGGGGCAUCCACCUCAUGCCCCCCAGGAUCCUGGUGGACUGUCUGCUGCCAAACGGCAUGCUCCUGACCCUGGAGUGCCUGCGUGAGGCCACUCUCAUCACCAUCAAACACGAGCUGUUCAGGGAGGCCCGGAAGUACCCCCUCCACCACCUCCUGCAGGAGCAGACCUCCUACAUCUUCGUCAGCGUCACACAGGAGGCCGAGAGGGAGGAGUUCUACGAUGAGACGCGCAGGCUCUGUGACCUCCGGCUCUUCCAGCCCUUCCUCAAGGUCAUCGAGCCCGUGGGGAACCGCGAGGAGAAGAUCCUGAACCGGGAGAUCGGCUUCGCCAUCGGGAUGCCGGUGUGUGAGUUCGACCUGGUGAAGGACCCCGAGGUGCAGGACUUCCGGAGGAACAUCCUCAGCGUGUGUAAGGACUCAGUGGAGCUGCGGGACGUCAGCGGGCCGCACAGCCGAGCGCUGUACGUCUACCCGCCCAGCGUGGAGUCUGGACAGGAGCUGCCCAAACACAUCCACAGCAAGCUGGACAAAGGUCAGAUCAUCGUGGUGAUCUGGGUGAUCGUUUCCCCCAACAAUGACAAGCAGAAGUACACGCUGAAGAUCAACCACGACUGUGUGCCCGAACAGGUGAUCGCGGAGGCCAUCCGUAAGAAGACGCGCAGCAUGCGUCUGUCCCCCGGGCAGCUGAAGAUGUGCGUCCAGGAGUACCAGGGCAAGUACAUCCUCAAGGUCUGUGGCUGUGACGAGUACCUGCUGGAGAAGUACCCCCUCAGCCAGUACAAGUACAUCCGCAGUUGCAUCAUGCUUGGUCGGAUGCCUAACUUGAUGCUCAUGGCCAAGGACAGCCUGUACAGCCAGUUGCCCGCCGACGCCUUCGUCAUGCCUUCCUACUCCCGCCGCGUCUCCGCGGCGACCGCCUACAUGAACGGCGAGCUGGCCGCCAAGUCGCUGUGGACCAUCAACGGCGCCCUGCGGAUCAGAGUGCUGUGCGCCACCUACGUCAACGUCAACAUACGGGACAUCGACAAGAUUUACGUGAGAACCGGGAUCUACCACGGAGGAGAGCAGAUGUGUGACAACGUCAACACACAGAGGGUCCCGUGCUCCAACCCCAGAUGGAACGAGUGGCUGACCUAUGAUAUGUACAUCCCGGACAUCCCCCGUGCCGCACGCCUCUGCCUCUCCAUCUGCUCCGUCAAGGGAAGGAAAGGAGCCAAGGAGGAGCACUGCCCGCUGGGCUGGGGGAACAUCAACCUGUUCGACUACACCCACACCCUGGUGGCCAACAAGAUGGCCCUGAACCUCUGGCCCGUCCCCCGUGGCAUGGAGGACCUGCUCAACCCCAUCGGGGUCACCGGCUCCAACCCCAACAAGGAAACGCCCUGUCUGGAGCUGGAGUUCGACCACUUCAGCUGCCUGGUCAAGUACCCAGAGAUGAGCUCCGUGGAGGAACAUGCCAACUGGUCUGUCUCCCGCGAGAUGGGCUUCAGCUACAACCUCUCCGGGCAGAGCGGCCGCAUGGCCCGAGACGUCGCCCUGACCGAGGGGGACGUGGAGCAGCUCCGGCAGCUCAACCACCGGGACCCGCUGUCGGAGAUCACCGAGCAGGAGAAGGACUUCCUCUGGAGACACCGCCACUACUGUAUGAACAUCCCUGAAAUCCUGCCCAAAAUCCUGCUGGCAGUCAAGUGGAACUCAAGGGACGAGGUCGCACAGAUGUACUGCCUGCUGAAGGAGUGGCCCUCCAUCCAGCCCGAGCACACCAUGGAGCUGCUGGAUUGUAACUACCCCGACCCCAUGGUGCGAUGCUUCGCCGUGCGCUGCCUGGACAAGUACCUGACGGACGACAAGCUGUCGCAGUACCUCAUCCAGCUGGUCCAGGUACUAAAGUAUGAGCAGUAUCUGGACAAUCCUCUGGUCCGCUUCCUCCUAAAGAAGGCCUUAACCAAUCAAAGAAUUGGGCACUUCUUCUUCUGGCACCUGAAGUCGGAGAUGCACAACAAGACUGUGAGCCAGCGCUUCGGGCUGCUGCUGGAGGCGUACUGCCGGGCCUGCGGGAUGUACCUGAAGCACCUGAGCCGGCAGGUGGAGGCCAUGGAGAAGCUCAUCCACCUCACGGACCUCCUGAAGCAGGAGAAGAAGGACGAGACGCAGAAGGUCCAGAUGCGGUUCCUGGUGGACCAGAUGAAGAGGCCCGACUACAUGGACGCGUUGCAGAGCUUCACCUCCCCGCUCAACCCCGCCCACCAGCUGGGUAACAUCAGGUUGGACGAGUGCAGGAUAAUGUCGUCGGCCAAGCGCCCGCUGUGGCUGAACUGGGAGAACCCGGACAUCAUGUCGGAGCUGCUCUUCCAGAACAAUGAGAUCAUCUUCAAGAACGGAGACGACUUGCGUCAAGAUAUGCUAACCCUUCAAAUAAUCAGAAUCAUGGAAAACAUCUGGCAGAACCAAGGCUUGGAUUUACGGAUGCUUCCCUACGGCUGCCUGUCGCUAGGCGACUGCGUGGGGCUCAUCGAGGUGGUCCGCAACUCCCACACCAUCAUGCAGAUCCAGUGUAAGGGCGGCCUGAAGGGGGCGCUGCAGUUCAACUCCAACACGCUGCACCAGUGGCUCCGGGACAAGAACCGCGGAGAGACGUAUGAUCUGGCUGUAGAUCUCUUUACGAGGUCGUGCGCUGGUUACUGCGUAGCCACCUUUAUCCUGGGCAUCGGAGAUAGACACAACAGCAACAUCAUGGUCAAGGACGACGGACAGUUGUUCCACAUUGACUUUGGUCACUUCCUGGACCACAAGAAGAAGAAGUUUGGUUACAAGAGGGAGCGUGUGCCCUUCGUCCUCACCCAGGACUUCCUCAUCGUCAUCAGCAAGGGAACCCAGGAGUGCACCAAGACCAGAGAGUUUGAGAGGUUCCAGGAGAUGUGCUACAAGGCCUACCUGGCCAUCCGCCAGCACGCCAACCUCUUCAUCAACCUGUUCUCCAUGAUGCUGGGCUCCGGCAUGCCCGAGCUGCAGUCCUUCGACGACAUCGCCUACAUCCGCAAAACGCUGGCCCUGGAGAAGACCGAACAGGAGGCGUUGGACUACUUCAUGAAGCAGAUGAACGACGCGCAUCACGGGGGCUGGACCACUAAGAUGGACUGGAUCUUCCACACCAUCAGACAGCACGCGCUCAACUAGCUGGGGCCUCCACCUCACUCCAC